GUGCGGCCAGGGGGUCCAGCCCCAUGGCGAGGACCAGCUCUUCAAGAAGCUCUUCUUCCGCUACAACAAGUGGUCCCGGCCGGUGCCCAACGUCUCCGACGUGGUCAUCGUCAAGUUCGGCCUCUCCAUCGCCCAGCUCAUCGAUGUGGAUGAAAAGAACCAGAUGAUGACCACCAAUGUGUGGCUGAAACAAGAAUGGAACGACUACAAGCUGAGCUGGAACCCGUCCGACUACGACAACGUGACGUCCAUCAGGGUGCCCUCCGAGCUGAUCUGGGUGCCUGACAUCGUCCUCUACAACAAUGCCGACGGGGAGUUCGCCGUGACCCACAUGACCAAGGCGCACCUGUUCCACACGGGCAAGGUGCGCUGGGUGCCGCCGGCCAUCUACAAGUCGUCGUGCAGCAUCGACGUCACCUUCUUCCCCUUCGACCAGCAGAACUGCAAGAUGAAGUUUGGCUCGUGGACCUACGACAAGGCCAAGAUCGACCUGGAGCCCAUCGAGGUGGCGGUGGACCUCAGCAACUACUGGGAGAGCGGCGAGUGGGCCAUCAUCAACGCGGUGGGCACCUACAACACCAAGAAGUACGACUGCUGCCACGAGAUCUACCCGGACAUCACCUACUUCUUCAUCAUCCGCCGGCUGCCCCUCUUCUACACCAUCAACCUCAUCAUCCCCUGCCUGCUCAUCUCCUGCCUGACGGUGCUGGUGUUCUACCUGCCGUCGGACUGCGGCGAGAAGAUCACUCUGUGCAUCUCGGUGCUGCUGUCGCUCACCGUGUUCCUGCUGCUCAUCACCGAGAUCAUCCCGUCCACCUCGCUGGUCAUCCCGCUCAUCGGCGAGUACCUGCUCUUCACCAUGAUCUUCGUCACGCUCAGCAUCGUCAUCACCGUCUUCGUGCUCAACGUGCACCACCGCUCGCCGGGCACGCACAAGAUGCCCCUCUGGGUGCACCGCGUGUUCCUGGACCUCAUCCCCCGCUGGCUGUUCAUGCGGCGACCGGCGCCGGAUGGGCGGCGGCGGCGGCUGAUCACGCUGCGGCGGGAGACGGGGGCGGCGGCGGCGUGGGGGAGGAAGGGUCGUCACGACGACGGCGGCGGCGGGGCCCGCUGCCUCAGCACGUCGGCCACCUGGCUGAAGGAGGCGGGCGCCAUGGCGAUGACGGCGACGGCGGAGUCCACGACGACCACGACCACGACGCUGACCACGGCGAAGGACGACCCGGAGAGGAGGUGCUACGAGGAGCUGGAGCUGGGCAAGCUGACCUCGUACUUCUCCUUCCGGCCGCCGUCGCCGCGUCCGCCCGGGUCCACGCCUCCUCCUGCUGCUCCUCCUCCUCCUCCUCCUCCUCCCCUGCUCCCCCCGGCCAGCGGCCUCGACCUGCCGCCCUUGUGCGUCCAAAAGACGGGUUCCCUCGGCGAGGAGGCGACGCCGGGGGAGUCGUCCUUCCUGCUGUCGCCAGGCGUGAUGCGGGCACUGGAGGGCGUGCUCUACAUCGCCGACCACCUCCGCGCCGAGGACGCCGACUUCAGCGUGAAGGAAGACUGGAAGUACGUUGCCAUGGUGAUCGACCGCAUCUUCCUGUGGAUGUUCAUCAUCGUGUGCCUACUGGGCACCAUCGGCCUGUUCCUCCCACCCUGGCUGGCCGGAAUGAUCUAGAAGAGGAGGCCUCCGUCCCCAGCACCACCGCCACUGGUGACCUAUGACCUCUGCUGGGGAGAAAGUACGGCAGGUCCCUGGAUAAGAGUUGUGUUACGCAGGCUUAACUGGUGAUGGAUCUGUUUCAAAAGACCUGACCUGAGGGUCCCGGACAUAGUUGACCCCUUGAGUGUUCUGGCCGGAAUCUGUGGUUUGGAAACAUUCCUGGACUGUGGAGGAGUUGAACCGGUCAGUGGCGCGGUCUACCAGGGGCCGAUUUGGUGGGCAGGGCCCAAACUCAGCUUGUUUUUUUUGUCUUCCACCUCUGGAUCCUGAUCAUUAACAUACUCACACACACAGAAACAAAAGAAUUACCCCAAAAAGCCGGUUGUUCCUGGCUAGUGGCUUUGAUGAAGACGUGCCCAAUGGCAUUUUGUUUGAGUUCUCAGUGGCUGCAGCAACACCCUGGAUCUCUCCCGGAGUUCCCUUGAGCGGGAAACAUUUCUGUCGGACGAAUGCAUUGUUGUACUGCGCUGUCCGCUCCCCUCCGUGACCCAAUGGAAUAAGAGACCGUGCGCAGCUCGUCAUCUCCAUGCGUCAGUGGCCUUUGACCGGGAGCGACCGGGAGCAGACAGGCCAGGCACUUUCAAGCGUUCGUCCUCUGGCAUUACAUAAAAUACCUACAAACAUAUGGGGCCCUAUCUGGCAUCCGGCGCAAUUGACUUUCUCACUGGCGCAUGUGUCGUUGCUAGUUUGCAACUGGCGCAGAGCAUUCUAUUCCCUCCUGCGUCACGCGUCUGUAAAUUAGGGAAUGAUCUUGUGCCCCAAGGGGCGGUUCGGCAAAAGAAGGAGGUGUGUUCUGGCGCAAACGUUCCCUGGUGCUAUUUUGCAGUUUCAGAAAUCCCUUGCACCGCAAACCAGGAAAUACCUGGUUUGAAGUCAGUGGCGCGUUGUUCAGAUGCUAUUUUAAGGGCGCAUGCAUAAUGUUGCUUGUGCAGCUCGCGCAUACACUUUGCUUCUCUCAUCUACCUAGCCACACAUUCUUGGUCAAUUAUUUGGGAAAGAACAGCUGAUACAGCGGUAAUAAGUGGUACUUUUAAAUCAAUGCAUCUGCAAACACCGUACAGCAAACACAUAUUUUCUUGACACAGAGAUCGUGUACAUCCCCAUAACUUAUAUUAUUUGUAGUAUAGUAUUUGAUCGUGAGAAAACAUUGUUUUACCGCGAGUUAAAAAGAAUGAAUGAAUGCAGGCGUGCGUGUGUGUAAGUGUAAAAUUAGGCCUAAAAUUUGGUAAUUAGAUUACUUCAGACCAACCCAUUUUAGAUUUGCGUCGGGCGCCAGAGUCAUGCGCCGGUAAAAUAGCAACAUCGCCAUAGAACCACCCAGAAAACUACUUGCGGUUGGCUCUUCUCACUUGCGUUUCGGACCGUUAAAAUAGGGCCCAUGGUAUGUUUAGAUUCUAGAUUUGACCCAUAAUAUGCGUUGUGUACUCUUUCAACCAUUGCUGAAUUUGUCAGCGAGUAAUAGCUUUUAUUUUCAUUAUUAAUUGGGCCGGGGAUACGCUGAAUGGCAAAACAUGUUGGUGAAUGUGUCAAUUCAAUUGUUGGUAGAGAUGUUUUUGUAUAUUAAUGUCUGUAUUAAGUUAUUUUCUACUUCUACUGAAUGACUCACUUCGCUGCUGCUUCUGAUA